GAAGGAGUUACCUUACACCUAGAAACUCUUGGUAACCCUCUUAUUCGUCUGUUUAAUAUAACUGGAAUAAAAGUAUUUACACAUUUUCUUCCUUAACUUUGCAGUGCAGCAGCAUUGCAGCGGAUAAAGCUUUACCUAGGUUUCUAAUCGGAUGAGGCUGCUUCUUCUAUCCCUAAAAGAACCAUCAGAGCAGCCGGAGAGGUGCUUGUUGCCUUUACACAGUUAUAUUUAAUUGUAGCAUGAGUGAGGACAGGAAGUGAAAAAGGAGUCCUGCCACCAUACAAGGCUGAGUGAGGCAGGGUAUCUAAUUUCAGCAAAUACACAUCAGUCAGUCAGUGGAUUAAAGCAGGAGAGAGGAGGUAGCAUUAUUGGACUGGUGCUGCUUUACCUUGACAAUUGCACUGAAUAUAGACAUCAACACUCCUCUGGUACGAAGAGGAUUAUGUUCAAUCACGGCCACAUAGACAAAUGCUGAAGAGCACUGCUGUACCCAUCCAUAAGUCUAAUUCGCCGCUGCUCUCACAUCACACACAGCCUCUACAGAAGCAGCGACCAUGGGCAAACAGAACAGCAAGCUCCGUCCCGAUGUCAUGCAGGACCUGAUGGAGAACACGGACUUCACCGAGCACGAGAUCACCGAGUGGUACAAGGGCUUCUUGCGGGACUGCCCCAGCGGCGCGCUCUCCAUGGAGGAGUUCAAGAAGAUCUAUGCCAACUUCUUCCCUUACGGAGACGCCUCCAAGUUCGCCGAACACGUCUUCCGCACAUUUGACGCCAAUGGAGAUGGGACUAUAGACUUCAGGGAGUUCAUCAUUGCCCUGAGUGUGACCUCACGUGGCCGACUGGACCAGAAGCUGAAGUGGGCGUUCAGUAUGUACGACCUGGACGGGAACGGAUACAUUAGCAAGGCAGAGAUGCUGGAGAUUGUAACGGCUAUUUACAAGAUGGUUUCCUCUGUGAUGAAGAUGCCUGAGGAUGAGUCCACACCUGAGAAACGCACAGACAAGAUCUUCAGGCAGAUGGACACAAAUCGAGAUGGUAAACUGUCCCUUGAGGAGUUUGUUGAGGGAGCGAAGAACGAUCCCUCCAUUGUCCGGCUGCUUCAGUGCGAUCCCAGCAGUGCUGGGCAGUAGAAAACUGGACUUUUCCCAUCACAGUUUUAUUAAUUUAACACAUUUUCAAAAUCUCUCCCAGCUGACUCACCUGACAUUGUUCACAUCACUUGAGCUCUAGAGGCACACACGCACACGCACACACAGCCAACAUGCGACUGUACAUACUACAAAUACCAAAGCCAGAUGCAUAUAUAAAUGCCCACAUGCACAUACUGUACAUGUGCCUCUAUGCCUGGUCAAAAGCUACAGACAACACGGUACAAAUAUAACCCAAAAAACUGAAAUCCCUUCAAAGACUUGUUAAACACUGAAUCAAAGCUGUGCUAUCUCAGUCUGAGAAUGGGGAUAAUCCAAGAGAUUUGUGAGGUACAUUGAGCUGAAUCCAAGUUCGCUGUUUCUUUUUAUUCUUUUAUUUGUUGUUUUUAAAAGCAUUCUUCCUUAUUUAAAAGGAAACUGUGCUCAUUUUGUUCUCUUUAACUGACUCGGGUUGUUGUGUGAUGAUGGACAAAGUAUUGCAGUCUAACUCCAUGUUAACACUGGAUUAAAUGAAGUAUGUGAGACUGGGACUACAGCUGUUCACAGCUUACAGUAUGGCUUUUAUAGACAGAAGAUCUGGGAAAUGUUGUUUUUAACCAUAGAAGAAUUUUAGAAAGGAUGAAAGAUGUUUGUGUUUUUUUUUUUUUUUUUUUAGAUGUAUAUUUUGGAGGAAUGUUACAUCAAACCAAGACUGACUCAGAUUUCUAAAUGAAGGGGAAUAUUUUGACUACAGAUGACAACCAUCUGUUCAUUUGAAAGUGACUUUUUAUGCCAAGUUCUGUGUCCACACACAUGCACACGAAUCUACACACACACUUAAACACACACAUUAAUUUUACUGAUGAAUACAUGAACUUGACAUAUGCAUAUAAACCGAGCUGUGAUUCUCUUUAUUCAACUUUUGUUCAACAAGUAUCAUCAACAACAAAAAAAAGUUAGAUGUUAUAUGAAUAUAUAGUAUGUACUUAUAUAUUCUUUUACUCUGUGAUAACAUUGUGGCGAUUUGCUGCAAUGGAAGAAAUUCACUUAAAAAUUUUGACGUAUAAAUUAUUGGAAUGUGAUGAUAAACAUUUUCUUUUCUUUUACUUGACGAAUAUGAUAUGAAAGAAAGUUGUACAGUAUAUUCACUCAUAUUUAUGCUAGAGAGGUUAAAAAGGAGAGGACCACACAUAUUGCUAUGCAUUCAGCUUUGCAUAUCCACUGCUACAUUGAGAGACUGACAUAUUUACCAAGAAGCGAGUAAACAUUGGCAGUCAUUAAGUUUUUCCUGUACUGAGCGUAAACAGUGUGUAAACAGCCUACUAAUGGUGUAACAGUAACAUCUGAAAAGUUUUUGUGCAAAUGUGACUUUACAUCACUUGAAUGUGCACUUUGUUCCUCAUCUACACCAAAUUUCAAAUACAACUGUAAUUGUAAGACAGUUUGAUUGCUACUGUGACGAUGGAGAUUACAAAUAUUUUUAUGAUUAUGACACACAGUAACAGACACUUAACUAACAGAACGAAGCACUGACGUUGGUAGCGAGUAAUGGCAGCAUCCACCAAGCCUUACUGUGUUUUUGCAGGAUUUACUGAUAGCUCUUUACUGCUUCAAUUCUGUUUAGUUUACACCUGCCUGUCCCUGCUGGUCUGAAAACACCAUGAGAUACAGUAGUCUUCACAGGCACAUGAAUGAUGACUUUGGGGGGAAAAAAACAGUUGUAAAUUCUCUGGGCUUCUGCACAUUUCAAGUAGGUGAUCAGGUACUUCAGUCCCACAUUUCACUUCAACAUCUUGUGGUCAAGUGCCAAAUAUAGAUGAAUUAAAUAAAAGAAAAAACUCAGUAUUGUAUCCAUUUAUACUGUACAGUUGUUACCUAUCGAACAAAAAAAACUGUCGCUAUCAUUUUGUAGAUUUUGUAUUGUUAACUUGCAUUUGGUGUUCUGUGUAGGAUGUCCAUUUUGUUAUUCAAAUAAAGACAAAAUGGGAAAAUG